AUGCCGGGACCGGGAAUUGGUCGGGCAGUGGGUCGCGGUAUGCCAACAGCGGCUCCCGUAGCGGGUGCUCCGCCUGGACUUCAAGGACCGGUGCGAGGAGUGGGCGGUCCGGCGGCUACUGUUAUGGCACCGCAAGGAAGAGGUCUUCCGCCGACUCCGCCCUCAACACCUCAGGGAAUUGGAGGCCGAGGCGCUCCACCCCCAGGACUUAUGGGUCCGCCUCCAGGUAUGAUACCAGGAAUGCCGGGCGCACCACAAGGCAUGCCAAUGGGCAGAGGUAUGCCUCCAACUGGACCGCCACCUAUGGGACCACCGCCUGGUAUGAGAGCCCCUCCGCCAGGUAUGAUGAGAGGAGCCCCACCGCCGGGCGCUCCGGGAUUGCCUCGUCCUCCACAUUAA